AACAUAUUGAAUUUUAUAACUAGAAAUUUUUAAAAAUAUGUGUCGAUAGAAUUUUGAUGUAUUUUUAAACAUUAUGGAAGAUUACAAAUUCCUUUUCAAGGUUGUCCUUGUUGGGAAUGCUGGUGUUGGUAAAACAUGUUUAGUGAGACGUUUUACUCAAGGAUUAUUUCCACCUGGACAAGGUGCUACUAUUGGUGUUGAUUUUAUGAUUAAAACGGUUGAAGUUGAUAAUGAACGAGUUAAAUUACAAAUAUGGGAUACUGCAGGUCAAGAACGAUUUCGAUCAAUUACCCAAAGUUAUUAUCGUUCAGCACACGCAUUAAUAUUAGUUUAUGAUAUAUCAUGUCAACCGACAUUCGAUUGUUUACCUGAUUGGUUACGUGAAAUUGAAGAGUAUGCUAGUGCAAAAGUAUUAAGAAUAUUAGUAGGCAAUAAAAUUGAUCGUGAAGAUCGAGAAAUACCAACUCAUGUGGGUGAGGAUUUUGCACAGGCACAUAAUAUGUAUUUUCUUGAAACAUCUGCUAAGGAAGCGGAAAAUGUUGAGCGAUUAUUUAUGGAAAUAGCUACAGAAUUAAUGGAGCAAGCACGAAGUAAAGACUUACCACGUUAUAAUACGGAUUCAACUUCAAUAAAUGGACGUACUACAUCCAUAGGUGAUAGUAGUUGUUGCAGUAAAAUGUCGUAAAAAAUAAUUUUAUUUAAUUUAGUCAUAAACUUAAUUCAAAACAAACGGUAUUUUAAUAAAAAAGACAAAUAUGACAAACACACGAGGUGAAAGUAUUGGCAGGGCAUUUGAAUAAUCAUUAAAAAAAAGUGUCUUCAACUAAUUCAACUGAGUUUUGGUUCGAGUUUAAAUGAGUCUGAUAUUUGUUUAGUUCUUAUCAUCUCUAUAAAUAGUUAGAAUAACGAAGUCAUUAAAAUAAUUUUUAAAUUAUAAAAUCAGACUAUAAAUAAACUGGACCAAUGUCGGUAUUUUGUAAUUAAGCAAUACUGUAGAUCCAUUUGAAAAAUUAUAUAGCUUUUUUAGUAUGGAUUUCUUGAUCUAUUUUUGUCUAUCUAUUAUCGAGUAGUAAAAGCUAGAUAACAUGCAAGUAUU